CUAACCUUCGUCCAUUGGGGACGUUGCUAUACCACCAUGUUGUAUUUGACAAACGAUCUGGGUCUAUUACCCUUCUUCCUCCCGUUAGGCAUCAUUGGUUUCUAUAGAUACUUGUGGUAUGCGAUCAAAAUCUUAGCAUGGUUUGUAUACCGCCCAUUACAACCCAAAGAAUACCCAACGUAUACAGCAGAACACGACGUGACCAUCAUUGUGCCAACCAUUGAUGCUGGUGAAGAAUUCAAAAUUGCUGCACGAAGUUGGCUUGCCUGUCGACCCAAAGAGAUUAUCAUCAUUACCGAGACAAAAAUGCGAGGGCCUUUACAGGAACUAGCUAAUGAAGUGGAUCCAAGCAAGAUACGAGUGCUGACGGUAGCCAAAGCCAACAAGCGCUUGCAAAUGGUAGCUGGUAUCAAUGCUACAUCGACUGAGAUCCUGGUUUUUGCAGAUGAUGAUGCUAUUUGGAAGCCUACUAUGCUGGAUUAUAUCUUGGCAUGUUUUGAAGACUUGAAAAUGGGUGGUGUAGGCACUUGCCAAACCGUUCAUGCAGUCAAUCCCAAUGGCCAUCAAACGGUUUGGGAAGUGCUUGCUGGAUUUCGUCUCUCAAUUCGAAACAUCGAAGUGGCAGCGUCAACGCAUAUCGACGGCGGUGUUUGUUGUCUGUCUGGUCGUACCGCCGCUUAUAGGACUUUGAUUUUAAAAGAUCCUGCAUUUCAAUACGGGUUUACAAAUGACCUGUGGCUGGGCAAAUACCCACUCAACUCGGGUGAUGAUAAAUAUCUAACAAGAUGGAUGGUCUCACAUGGGUGGAAUACAUUCAUUCAAGUCACACCAGAAGCCGAAUUGUAUUCCACAUUUAAGAAUAAUUGGCGGUUUAUUAAGCAGGUUCUGAGAUGGACCCGUAAUACCUGGCGUUCUGACUUUCGAUCCUUGUUUACGGAACGCUAUAUCUGGCGACGACACCCCUAUGUUGCCUUCACCAUGGUCGAUAAAAUUUUCAAUCCCAUCACGUUACUGUCUGGACCCAUUCUAGUGUGUAUCUUCGCCAUUGAACAAAAAGACAAGGCUGGCCCUACCAAUCCCCCAUUACCCGGUUGGAACAUUGCCAUAUCCUACAUUGUAUGGUUGAUGCUAACCAGAGCUAUGAAACUUAUCCCACAUUUCAUCAAGCGACCUCAGGAUAUCAUUCAUAUACCAGCUUGGCUGAUUUUCAAUUAUUACUUUGCCAUCAUGAAAGUGUAUGCUCUCUUCACGUUGCACGAAGUCGGGUGGGGUACUCGUGCUGGCGUCGGUACCACACUGGCGGCCGAUAUAGCCAAGGAAUCUGAACAAGAAAAGGACAUGGCUGCUGCCGCCGAAAAAGAUCAUGUUCAAAUUAAUGUUCCAGGCGCCCCCGAACCACCAUAUCACAGGGACAGUCCCUAUCGAGACGACGAUAGUGCAAAUGCAUUAAAUGAUCUUGACGUUCGUGAAUACAGAGAGCCGCCUCGUGAACAAAAUCCCUUUGAGUAUCAUUUCGAAGACGAAACCCGUAGUCUUUACUCUGAUGACUAUCAUAUGGAAGCUUUGCCAGUCAAUCCCUCACGACGAUGGAGGUGAUCUGUGUUAAAAAAAAAAAAAAAAGAGCGGGUGUUUGUCUGGCUUAAGCAUUCAGAAGGCAUACAAACACCUCGACCAUCUGUCCAGUCCAAAUAGCAAGAAGAAGAAGAAAUGAAAAGAAGGGAAACGAAAAACAAACUGAACUGAAGCACAAUGUAUCCAUUGCUCUUCAGGUUGUUGAGGCAGCCAUGCACAAAGAUUUCAUGUAAAAUAAAAACCCCUUUAAAUGCUUUGUUUUAUUAUUAUUUUGACUUGCGCCUCCAUUUGACCCUUGAUUACCAUAUUAAUUGAAUACCUUGAGGCAGUC